UGCGGAUGAUGUUGUCCUGUUGGCUUCCUCGAACCAGGACCUACAGCAGGCACUGGGGCGGUUUGCAGCUCAGUGUGAAGCGGCUGGGAUGGGAAUCAGCACCUCUAAAUCUGAGGUCAUGGUUCUCAGUCGGAAAAGGGUGGCUUGUCCUCUUCAGGUUGGUGUGGAGUCCCUGCCCCAGGUGGAGGAGUUUAAGUAUCUGGGGGUCUUGUUCACGAGUGAGGGAAGGAUGGAGCGGGAGAUCGACAGACGGAUCGGUGCAGCUUCUGCAGUAAUGCAGUCGCUGUACCGGUCUGUCGUGGUGAAGAAAGAGCUGAGCUGUAAGGCGAAGCUCUCGAUUUACCGGUCGAUCUACGUUCCUACUCUCACCUAUGGUCAUGAGCUUUGGGUCAUGACCGAAAGGAUAAGAUCCCGGAUACAAGCGGCCGAAAUGAGUUUUCUCCGUAGGGUGGCUGGGCGCUCCCUUAGAGAUAGGGUGAGGAGCUCGGUCACUCGGGAGGAGCUCGGAGUAGACCCGCUGCUCCUUCACAUCGAGAGAGGCCAGUUGAGGUGGCUCGGGCAUCUGUUCCGGAUGCCUCCUGGACGCCUCCCUGGGGAGGUGUUCCGGGCAUGUCCCACCGGGAGGAGGCCCCGGGGAAGACCCAGGACACGCUGGAGGGACUAUGUCUCUCGGCUGGCCUGGGAACGCCUCGGUGUUCCGCCGGAAGAGCUGGAGGAAGUGUCUGGGGAGAGGGAAGUCUGGGCGUCUCUGCUUAGACUGCUGCCCCCGCGACCCGGUUCCGGAUAAGCGGGUGA